CGCCAUCUUUGUUGCCUCGUGAGCACGCCAGUGUAUCGUGCAAGAACAAUAAUAUUAGGAAUUAUCAAUGUAUUCGGAUUGUGUGGAAGAACAUGUACAAUGAGUGAGCCAGGCUCAGAUGGAAGCCCUGGAAGGCAGAGGCGAUCCACAGAAAGGAGCAGAGAGAACAUCCGUGAAUAUGUCAAGCUCCUGAGUCGGAAGGUGACCGGGUCGCCCUCUGGUCACAGAACCCCAAGACUCCUUAGGGAGGUCAGAAUGUCAGAUGGGGGUUCAGGUCACAAGUCCAAGUUGGAGGGUGAAACCUCCUCUUCCCCAGGUCAUAUGAAAGUGUCCAGUAAUAACCAGGAAAGUGUAAAGGAGAAGCCCUUGAAGAAGGGUAAUACUCAAACCAAGAAAAUAAUGAAAGCCAAGAAAAAUUCUGGGCCAGCUAAUGUAUCAGUUUCUGGAAAAAUUGAAAUUGGUGUAAAGGCUGAAGAUAAAGAUGAAACUGAAAAGUCAGGUGUUUUAACAAAAGGUAAUACAUGUAAGGAAAAAUUAACAAUGCCAGUACUGAAAAGUACAAGAACGCAAGAUAGAACUACUGAACCUUCGACCAGCAAGAAUGUUAGUAAAUCAGAGAGUGCAGAUAACUCGGUGGAGAAUGAAUCGGAUAUUGACAGCAGUAGUUGCUUUGAAGAUUUUGAUAAGUUAGACACCAGGGAAGAAAUACAAUGCCAACAAAAGUCCAUGGAAAGAAACAAAGUUUCAACACCAGAAAUAAGUAGUAAAAGAUCCACUCCCAAGUCAGGACGUGGUGUGGACUGCAAAAGUGACUCACCUCCUGACCUCAUCCUCUUCCUGAAAGAAGGCAGAGGAAGAGCCCAGAAUUACAGUGAGCCUCCUACACUUGAGUCUGAAACUAUUGCUACCAGGAGACGGACACGUGUGCCUGCUGAUCCUAAAGCUAUUGACAUUAGUAAAAAAAUAAAUGCAUCUCAAUCAAAAGGAAAGAAAGAUGUCAAAGGUGUCCAGAAAAAAGAGAAUAAAAGGGAAAAAUUAAAAGUAUUAGAAACAGAACACCAGAAUCAUAAAAGAUAUUACUCCCAUCCCACAGUCAAGGACGUUAGAGAUACACAGAUCCUAAGACCUUCAGAAAAUAGAAAGGCUGGAGGAAAAAUCUCUGUGAAAACACCACAGGCAGUUCAAGUUGAUUGUGAAGCAUCAGUAGAUUACUUGAAUCUUGAUUCAGUUUUGCAGAAGGUACCUGAUAACAUGGCAAGUGAUAAGAUACCAAUUGUCAUCAUGUCAAAUUCUGAUCAAGAAGACAAACCUCCUAAAGCAAUGCCAAAGAGUCGCAAGUCUCAGAACUUUCUUGAAGAUAAAGCCAAAACCCGAGCUUUUAUCAAGUUGGCUUCGUCAUCCAGUGAAAACUCUCUGGAAAGCAAGGAGGAGCUUAUGACUUGUAUAGAAGACAAAGAUACCACAGAAAUGGCAGGUUCGUGUUCACCAAAAAAUGUCAAAACAGAAACAAUAACAUCAAAGAGUAAAGGUUCCAGAAAAACACAGAAAACAGACAUUAGUAAGGGUUCAGAUGCUGUUUCAGAUGAAAAAAACCCUUCUGUAAAAGAAAAAAUUGUUACAGAGAUGAGGAGCAUGGCUUCCAAAUUAGAUCCAAGAGGCAGUAAAGAGUCUGAAGUUAGUGAUAUGGGAAGCAAAAUCCUGAAUAUCUAA